AUGGUAGUGGCCAGUGAAAGCGGUAGCGCAUACACACCGACUGUUGUGGCGCAGGUCCGUUACAUGUUACAAUGGUUCGGUGAGUGGAGUGAAAUGGAACGCGGCGACUUCCUGCCGGUGUUGGUUCAUGGGUUUGGGUGUAACGGAAGCGCUGCCAAUGGUCUACCGUCGAUUAUGGAAACCCUGUGCAAAGAGGAAGGCCGUCCACUAAGUCUGUUCAAAUGCCGCAUCAAGCUGUUCACCGAAUGGGUCCAGACGUGGUCCGAUGAAGACAAAGACAGCUUCCUGAGCGGUAUACGUUCCAUGGAUACUGAUUUUGCAGAGAGAUACGAUCAAAAAGCCGUCGAUCAUGUGGUCAGCAGCCCCGAGCACUGCAACGGUAUUAAUGGGGAUAAAAAUCCCGAUGAAAUACCAGAAGAAACAAUUUAA